AUGCGAAAACUUGCACCUAUUGGAAUUGCUGCUGCUGAAAUCGGUGGUAUGACAAUUCAUUCAUUUUUGGGUGAACAACGCAAUUCUGGAAAACCGCGAACCAUCAAACCAGGUGAUUCAAAACUUGAAAAAGAAUGGAGACUCGUCGAAUACCUACUGAUCGAUGAAAUGAGUAUGGUUGGUUUAAACUUAUUAGCAAAACUUAAUCGAAUCAUUUGCUCUGCAAAACAUGCCGAGCCAUAA